CUUCUUGGUGCAGUGUCGCUUCGCAUUCGUAAGAUGGAUCACGAUAAAGUGGCAGUAACAGAGCUGGAGAAAAUCGUCAAGAAUGGACCAGCAGAGAAAAUAAUUAGUGAAACAAAACACGACUUCUGCUCAGAAGAAUCAUGUGAACACACUCCGUUCCGUAGACAGGCUCUUAUAUCAUUUGGCACCUUUAUGUUAACACUGAGUGCUGGCUCAACUGCAGGGUUUUCAGCUGUUCUCAUACCAGAACUUCAGCAUGCUAAAGGAAGACACAAAUACUCCACAGAAAUGGUGUCUUGGAUUGCUUCCAUGUCAUCGUUUGCCUUAGUAUUUGGAAAUAUCAUCUCAGGAUAUUUAAUGGAAAGAUUUGGAAGGAGGAGGUCACAAUUAUGUUUGGGAGUGACGUUUAUGUGCGGAUGGGCAACUAUAGGAUUUUCAAAUGACAUCCUACCCCUGAUACUUGCUGGAAGAUUUCUAACAGGAUUCUGUCAAGGGUGGCUUGGUCCCCUUGGUCCUGUGUUUGUCGGCGAAAUAAGUUCACCAAGACACAGAGGGCUGUUUCUUGCAGCGAUGUCUUUGGCAAUCGCUGGAGGUGUGUUUAUGUCGCAUCUAUUUGGAACUUUCCUACGGUGGAAUAUAGCAGCUCUUCUAUGUGGUACAUUUUCUAUGAUUGGAUUCGCUAUAAUAUACUAUGCACCGGAAUCACCAUCUUGGCUCGCCUCUAAAAAUCGCAUCGAGGACUGCAUACAAUCUUUCAAGUGGUACAGGGGUACCGGUACGGAUAUGAAAACGGAAUUGGAUAAAAUGAUUUUCGAACAAACGAAGAAAGAGAAGAACCAGGGCAAACUGCAAGCGUUGGCUAAGAAUAUAAAGAAACCGGAAUUCUGGAAGCCAUUGUUUGUCAUGAUGACCUUCUUUGUUAUCACUCAACUGUCGGGAAUCAAUGUUAUUUGCGCUUAUACGACUGAUAUGAUGAAGAAGUUAAUUGGGAAACACUCAAAUAAAUCUAACACUUAUGCCGCUAUGUUGAGUGUUGACGUUAUUAGAUGUAUAUCCUUAGUUUUUGCUUGUAUAUUGCUGAAAAAAAUAGGACGCCGGCCAUUAGCUAUGUUUAGUGGAAUAUGUACGGCUGCAUCGCUGUCAGCGUUAGCUCUUUAUCUGUACUUUGUAGAUAUUCGUACUAUAAGACACAUGUCACCAGUUGUUUCCCUUGGACUAAUGGCAGUUUAUAUCAUUGUAUCACAUCUGGGCAUCGCCCCUUUGCCAUGGAAUAUGGUUGGAGAACUAUUUGCUACUGAAACAAAAGGUUUGGGUUCAGGUAUAAGUGUCAUGAUGACUUCCAUUGCAUUUUUCACUACAAUAAAAACAGCACCUUUUAUGUUUGAAAGUAUGGGACAUCAUGGUACAUACUUAUUUUAUGGCUUGUGUACUUUAUCAGGGACAGUAUUUUUGUAUUUCUUCCUUCCUGAAACUAAAGGGAAAACAUUGUUGCAAAUAGAAGAACACUUUAGAUAUGGUACAAAAACAGUUCAUAGUGAUAAUGUAGAUGAUGAAGAAAUAUAAAAUAAUUCUUUAGUCUGAGGAAGAGCGGAAGUUUGUAUACCAGUGGUAUUAUUGAAUAGCACAAUAAGUAUGCUUGGUAUCAAAUUAUGAUUUUUUUGGAAAAGCGCAGUCCAUGAUACGGGUAUAGAAAAUAACAAUUUUAUGAGUAAAGGGAAUGGAGAUCCGUCCACAUGUUCAAGUUAGGUUUAAAGUUCAUGAUUACAUUUAGUUAUCUGUUAUGUGAGUAAUAAAUUAAUUAAUACUAAUCAAUAGUUUGAUAUGCUGCUAAUGUGAAAUGAUCUGAUAGCGACGUUUAAUAGGUUAUCGUUUGACUUAAAUAGAUCAUUACGUCAAAAUCAUUAAUAAUUAUUAAACGAAAGUUACAAUUUUGCAUCACGAAUGAAAAGUAGGCGUGUUUUAAGUACCUAACUGGAUCUGUAACAUGUGUAACUAUCAAUAUAAAUUGAGGUAAAAUUCAAAUUUGUACUUAUGUUAACCAUGUGCAAACAGUAUAUUUGGUUACAUCCUCUUCAGCAUUGAGAAAUAUCUGUUGACUUAUUUUGAUGUUGACAACUCAAGGCUAUGCGCUCAGAAUAAUAACUAUGAUAUGCUAUGACAAAUAGCGGAGGCUAUGCGUAUUGGUAAAUUUGACAGCAGCCUCAUUUUUAUUCCCUAUAGAUCAUGGUAGAACAUACUACUGUCAAUAUUAUUUAUCAAAUACGGAUAGCCAUAAAGGUAGUAGCAUUAAUAAAUAGCGCAUGAUGAUAGUAAAUUGUGCCGCAGGUUUACUUUACUUAAUAGACAAAUGUAAAGUAAGUUAGACAUAAGCUUUAAUUGAACCUUUCCUAUUAUUUAAUUUUGUACAUACUAAUAUAUUAAGUAAAAAAAUAAC